AUGAGUUCAAGGAGAAAUAAUAGCUACAAUAAUGUUGGAAACUAUAAUCGAAGUACCCAUAGAGGCCCUCCUAGAGAAAGGAGUCAAAGACAAAUAUUAAAGCCUAGUUAUGUAGAACCUAAAGUGAACGAAUCUCGAGCAAUUCAACUUAUACAUCAAAUACUUGAUGAUGAAGACGACAGUUCUUUUUCACUUCGAGUUUCUAAUGCUAACCAAUUAUUACAAAUGUUGGAAGAAUCACGAAACACCAUUUCUGAUUCUCUGGAAUUUAGACAAGAGCAAAUGAAAUUAUUAGACAUUUGUAUUCACGAUGAGGGAUUAUGUCGCAUUAUUGAGUUUAAUAAAGCACCUUUGUCUUUAAAGAAUACAAUGGCAAAAAUAGUUUCUAGGUUGGCCUGUUAUACUCGUUUAGAUCUUGCUUUAAGUUGGAUCUUUGACAGAUUGUCAGUUUGGCAAACACACGAGUAUCCUAAUUCAGAUAAUAACAAAAUUUAUGAAUGGAAAAAAUGGCUAUUACGUUUAUUGAAGCAGAUUCUUGUUGAUUCUGAAGCAGAUCAGUACACUUAUAAAAAAACACUUGAUAUGUCACCUACAAUUUUAGCUGGGAUAAUAUCAUUUUUGAAUACUAUGGAUACCUCAGAAUACAUACCCGUUAUAUUAGAGAUCCUUAUAUACUUUUCAGAAAAUUAUAGAAAUUUAUUUGGACAACGUUUUAAAAACAUUAUUGAUUUACUCGUUGGAUGGAAUAUGGAUCCUGAAUUACCUGAAUCAAAGAAAUCGAUUAUAAUUGCUUCUUACAGUAAAUUCUCUGAUUAUUGGACCAGCUAUCUUCCUUUUGGAGCUGAACUUUUAGGUCAUUUUUUAAAUGAUAUGCAAUACAUUAUUCAAGAAUUAACAACUUUACCAAACACCAAUGAUGAAGAAUAUAGGAAAAGAUGGCAAUCAUGCUUUAAUCUUUUAGAAUGCUUUCAGGCCAUCUUAGAUACUUUACUUUCCUUACUCUCAAAUUCCGUUAAUAAUUAUCAUAGUCAAAAGAUGAUUGAUGCCUCUUUUUAUAAACUAUUUCCUGGAUUACUUUCUCUUAUGAUAGAUGCUCAGAAUGUAAUGUCAGAUCCAAGAUGGAAUGAAAUAUCAAAAAAUAUUUUAUUGACCUUGGCUUCUUAUAAGUCUUCCAAUUAUCGGGUAUAUCAAUAUAAAUUAUACUUAUAUCUUAUGGAUCAAUCAGCAAAAGAUCUGGAUAUUCAAGGUCAAAAGCAAUUCGAAAUAUUAUUACGAUUUUUAAGCUUAUGGGAUCAUGAUGUUAAUGAGAAUAUAGUAUAUCAUCUGUUAGCAUCUGUUGACUCACCUUUAUUUAUUACGAGAACCAAACAUAGAGAUGAUAGUAAAAUGCAAACUGGUCUAUUGAAUAUUAUGCGAUCUUUAAUUAGAAUGCCUAUUUCGAACAGUAUUCGAAAUCAGAUUAAUCAUAGAUAUAUUAACGAACUUCAUAACAAUCAGUCCAUAAUUAAGCAUUACUAUAGCAAAUAUAGUAUAAAGGAAAGAGAGGCCUUGAAGCGAACUACAGCCUUGAUUGAUCAUAAUGACGGCUCUGUUGCUUUUACUGCCCCAACAGAUACUAUGAAUAAUGCAAAUGAAGUCAUAAAUUUAGAAAUUAUUAUCAAAGAUGCUUUAUUUUUCAACUAUUUAUUACUUGAUACAGCAUCUGUUUGGUCCGAUUUAAGUUUUGAAAAUGUAUUAACAUCUUUAGAAUUCCUUUGUACAGCAUGGUACAACAAAUGCAAUGAUAUAUUUAAUUCCUCUUUUCAACUUUUAACAACUUAUUGGACAAAUAGGAAUUAUAUAAUGAAAAAUGAAUAUGAAUUUGAAAUAGUUUCUUGUUUGCUACUCGAUUUGCUUGAACAUUGGUCAGAGUUAAGUCUUCAAACGCGUCAAUCUUUAUGUGGAUUUACCCAAUCCAUUUUUUCAGCUCUUGCCAAUACUCAGGGCAAUCACUUUGAUCCUAAAUUAAAUUUUAAGCCUAUUGUAAUUGCUUUUUUAAAUGCUUCUGAUUUAGAGAGAAAUAGUGAUAUAAAAGAAUGUAUUUUAAAGCUUAUUACUUAUUCUUGUCAAGCCUUUGGUUCAGCAGGAGUUAUUGAUCUCAUUCUUAAACAUGUCCAAAGAAGUAUCAACAACCCAUAUACUAAAGUGCAAGAAGCAAGUAAAAAAUUACUUUCAGUUUUAAAUCCUUUUGCAAUUUCUGAAGUUAGUAAUUAUGGCGAUAAUACAAUCAUGUCUAUUCAGAAUAUUAUGAUGGCGACUCCUCAUACAGGGUCAUUUCGUCCAGUUCACUAUGAGAUUGUUAUGAAGCAUCUUGGUAUGGCUGAGCAUUUGGUAGGAACCAGUAAUCAUCAUAUGUCUAUCUAUUCAGAUUAUGAAAACUCAUCUGAAUGGAUCAGACGUCUACUUCAUCAUUGUGAUGGUAUUGGCAAUAUAAACAGUGUGAAUAUGUUUCCAGAAUUAAAAGAAUUAGGUCAACAUAAUAUUGUUAACAUUAUCAAUACUAGUGAAAAUUUGCUAAGUUAUUGGGCUAUGUGGGAAUCUGCAAGAUAUUGCGUACUUUCUCGAUUGCGUACACCUUUUGGUGGUCCACAACAGACAUUUGCUGCCUUUGAAGGCAUGCUUCAAUCGUUAGUAUCUUCUCCAAAAUUGGAAGAAAGCAACGUUAAAAAUAUUGACUUUUUAAGUCAUUUGCUGCUUUUGCUUGAUCGUUUAGAACUACAAAUUUCUAAUGCAAUAGACGGUUGUGCUACUGACACAUUACCAGCAAUCCCUCGUUCUAGUCUUAUUUUUUUUAGAACUAAUAAGAAAACUUGUCAUGAUUACUUCUCACGUAUCAGAGGAAAAAUAAUCUUAGGCGCCAAAAUUAUUAGAGAUGAUAAUUUACUUAUUUCACAUACUAUCAAAAUUUUAAAAGAAUUGGAGACAAAUAUAUCAUCUACUGACUUGGUAUCAUGGUUUAAAGAAAUAAAUGAGUACUUGAAGGAUUUAGUGGAAGCAUGUAUUCGGGAAAAAUACAUGGAUUUAAUAUAUGGAAUGCAAGCAUGGUACAAAAAACUGAUUAGGAAGGCAUAUCAACUGUCAACUGAAUUCAAAAAUAAUUGGGUUUUCGAAGGCCUUGUUGGUCCUUUAUCAUUAACAAAUGCAACCUCCAAAAAAUCAACAGUGACAUGGUUUCAAGUUGCAGCCCUAUUUGCAUCGAAUCGUGAUGAAAUAGCUAUCAAAACUCUAGAAACACUAAAGUCUACAAUCGCAAAUGAUGAUUACGGAAUAGUAAAGAUGCUUGAUCAGCAGAUGAUUCGCUUUUUCACCUCGUUGGAAGACUAUAAUGAACUACAGAAAGCAUUUAAUUCAGGAAUUACUAUAAUUGAUGAUUUUAUUUGCGAACGUUUACAGGAAUUCAACUCAAAUAUAAGGAAUAACAAAGAAGAUCCAGCUAACCAAAUGGCUAAAUUACAAGCUUAUAUUAAUGAAGCUCCUUUGGAGUGCUGUCUUGAGCUUGCUAAACUUGAUAAGUUUAGGAAUUGGAUAGUAAUCUCAAACAGUGAAGGGCAAAAAACAGAAUCUAUAUUAAACAAUCAGUUAGCAGGAAAAAUCUUUCAAGCACUUAAGAAUAGUAUUUUUACAAAUAUCCCUGGCUUACUUGAACUUCAGUUACUUCAGUCAGAUUGGCAUAAUUUAAUUGCAAGUGUUAAAGAAUGGUCUAAUUUAAACUCGAAUGAUAUAUACAAUAUGCAAAGCUUGCUUCCUGAAACAAAACAUUGGGCAAGAUUAUCAACUUAUUUCGAAAGAUUAUACUCCUUACAAUCAGCAAAAGAAGAUUGUGCAAAUGCAGCUCAAUACUUGGGUCAUAUACAACUUCAUUCUGCUAAAAUAGCGCGUAGACAAGGAAACAUUACUUUGGCUGAAAAUCUUAUAAACAAAGCUAUUAAAAUACCCGAAACAAAGUAUCUAGCUCUCUAUGAACGCACAAAAGUACUAUUUAUUCAAUCUAAUUACGCUCAGGCCAUGCAGACUGUCAACAAUGUGCUUACUCAUAUAGCUUCUAUGUCUGGCUAUGAAGAGCUUAAAAGUAAAACUUAUCUUAGGGUUGCUCGCUACCUUAAAAAUUGCCCUGAAAAUGAGGUAGCUGAGUUAUUAAAGCAGAUGGACCCCAAAUUAGUUGAAAUGAAAAACACAGACUUACAGUCAUCAGUUGAAGCGUCGAUUGAUGAUGCGCUUCAGAAGUCAAUUGAAAAUAAUACUACUGAUGGAAGACCAUGGUUUGAAUAUGCUACACACUAUUAUAAAGAAGGCUGGCGUAUCUUGGAUGAAGUUUCACGUCCAGAUUCAACUAUGCCAGCUGUUGUUUGGGCUAGUAAGAAAAUAAGAGAUAUAAUAGAAGCAGCUGAUUCAGUUCUUAAUUCAAAACAAAUCGAAAAGACAAUUUUUGGGCUUUUGGUAAAAUACUCGUCUUCAGUAGGUAAAACUAACUUGAAAGAUCAUGAAGGGUUAUACAAUGAUCUGCAUCAAAUUACUUCCUUUUUGGACAAGUCGGAAGAAUAUACGAUUAUCGAAACAUUGGAUAUCUUACAAACUAUGGUGAUUGAAAAAUUUUAUGCUUCUACACAAGCCUAUUUCCGAUACCUUUCUUUAGAUAUCCAUAAUUGUAAUAGAGAAAAUGAUUUAAAUAUUAGUUCUACAUCUAUGGUAAUUACUGCUACACUUCGUCUUUUACGUAUUCUUACUAAAUAUGGUGAGGCAUUGCAAACAGUUUAUUCUGAACAUAUUAAUGCUGUUCGAAUUGAUCUUUGGAAACCUGUAAUCCCUCAGUUAUUUGCACAACUCAAUCAUCCAAAUGACUUUGUUAGACAAGUAGUUGGUAAAUUAAUUAGUCGCAUAUGUGAUGAAUAUCCCCGAGAAAUUAUUUAUGAUGUCAUUGUUAAUUCUACUUCAUCUAAAACAAAUCGCGACACAAAACAAAGCUUGGAUGCUAUUGCAAACCGUAUGAUGGAUAGAAAUGAAUUACUUUGGGUCUCUACACGUCGUAUGGCUGAAGAGCUUGAAAAAAUUACAGUACUUUUAGAAGAAAAAUGGUUAAACAAAAUUGCUUCGUUACAAUAUGUUGCUAUGCAACAGUUUGCAAAGUUGGAUCAAGAGAUUGAAAAGAUAGACUGUAUGCUAGAUGAAUUAGAUGAUUCUCAAAGAAGAAACAAGUUUUUAGAAAUAUAUGAUAGUUUGAUGAAAUUUGUUGUUACUUCUAUUGAUAAAUUACUUGUGGAAACUAUUCAUAAAUCUGUUUCUUUAACACCUCAUGAACAAUGGUUCCAGCAAACAUAUGGAAAAAAAUUAAUGAAUGCUUAUAAUUUGCUUCAAAAGCCAACUUCAAUGAAAGAAUAUCGUCGUGGAUGGGAAUGCUUCCAACAACUCCAUCGUCAACUUAUGGCAGAAGUACAUAAAGUUCGUAUUUUGGAUCUUAGUCAAGUAUCACCUUACCUUUAUAAUAUGAAGGAUACACCUAUUGGUAUCCCAGGAAAGCACGAAAAUGAUAACACAUGCUUUAUUGAUUCAUUUGGCACUAGUGUUAUUGUUCUACCUACGAAAACUAAACCAAAGAAGCUUGAUUUUAAGGGUACUAAUGGCAAGAAGUAUUCAUACCUCUUUAAAGGACUUGAAGAUCUUCAUCUAGAUGAACGUAUUAUGCAGUUACUCACGACUACAAAUGGAUUGCUAAAUGAAAAUAAAGCCACUGCGUUACGUGGGAUGCGUGCAAGAACAUAUGCAGUUAUUCCACUCAGUGAUCACUCUGGUAUGAUUCAAUGGGUCAAUGAGGCAACCCCAUUCUUUUCUCUUUAUAAAAAAUGGCAAAAGAGAGAAUCUGUUGCACAUAUGCUUUUAAACAAUGAUAAGCCGAAUGAGGCAUAUUUACAAGCAUUAAAUCAGCGACCUACGGAGCAAUUUAUGGCUAAGAUCGCAUCUGUCUUAAAGGCAUCUGGUCUUCGUAUGACAGCCAAUCGUCGUUAUUGGCCAAAGGAUGUUUUAAAAAAAGUGUACCUUGAACUUGUUAAAGAAACACCAGGUGACUUGCUUGAAAAGAAGAUAUAUUAUUCAAGUUCUAGUGCUACAGAAUGGUUAAGAAAAAGUACAUUAUUUGCUCGAUCUUUAGCUGUAAACUCAAUGAUUGGCUAUAUUAUUGGUCUUGGUGAUCGACACUUGGACAAUAUCAUGAUUGAUUUCCGUUCAGGUGAAGUUAUUCAUAUUGAUUACAAUGUCUGUUUCGAAAAGGGACGUCGACUUCGUGUACCUGAGUUAGUUCCAUAUCGUUUGACUCAAAAUAUUUACGGAGCACUUGGCAUUACUGGUGUUGAUGGCCAAUUUAAGACAGCUGCUGAAGAAACUCUACGUGUGUUAAGAAAGCAUAAGGAGGUGCUCAUUACUCUCUUGGAUGCCUUUGUAUAUGAUCCUCUAGUAGAUUGGGAAAGCGAAGCGGUAGAAGCGGGCCAUAGACAAAUGAUGGAGUUACAAGCUAAUGUGAGCUUAGUAGCCUCAAGGAUCUUUGAAAAACAAAAUGAACAGGAAAAAGAACGAAAGAUAAUUUUAGAUAGUCUUUCUAGUUUGAAACAUGAUUUACAGCAAUGGCAAGAAUCAAUGCUAUUAGAAUCUGAAUCCUUGAAUGCAAAAGAAGGAAGUGAUGAAGAUGAACAAGGUUUAGAACAUGAACCCUCCAUAGUUUCUGAUGAAGUUGAAGCUUCUGCAUUUUUGGGUCGAUUACCUGUAUAUCUUUUACGAGAAGUUAAAGGUCAUCUUUCAAAUGUUAGCUUACUUGUUACUAACUCACGUUCAUCUAUCGAGAGUAUUUUGCCUCUCUUGGAAUCAAUUAUUAUUAUUGAAACUGAUAUUGAUAAUGAAUUACGUCCUGCUCAAAAGAGUGCAAAGACGGCCCUUGAUGCGCUUGCUACAAUUGAAACAGAAUUAAAGAAGUUGGAUAAACAAUUAGAUAAAAACACAAAUUAUGAGUCAGAAUGGAGCUAUGUUCAGUUAAUAGAUUUCAUUGAAACUAUUACUAAAUCAGUUCAGGAUUACUUUUCUGAAUUGAAAACUUUGGAAGAGUUUGGCCCUGACAGUAAUAAAAACGUAUCCAAUCUUUCUGUUAUUGCAGAAGAAAGCAGCAAUAGUAAACGUGCUGAAGAAGACUAUAAUGAAGAUAAUGUAAAUCAAAACAUAUCUCAGGGGUUAACUUCAAAUAAAUUAAAUUCAAAUAAUCAUGUAACAAAAAUUAUGAAGCGGAUUCGAUCAAAACUAGAAGGCGUUGAUUUUGGUACUCAGCAUAAAAUGAGCGUAUCUGAACAAGUUGCAAGAACAAUUGAACAAGCUACUUCUGUUGAUAAUCUUUGUAUGAUGUAUGAAGGAUGGACCAGUUGGGUUUAA